AUACUAUAUACGCUGUAAUCAUAUGAGUACAUUGUACUAAGCAGCCGUUUUGUUGUAGUUACGUGUACAUUGUAAAAGUUAGCACAGUAAAAGGACUGCAAAGUUCACGCUGUUCACGUGUUAUCGCCAACGGAAUCUCUAAUGUUGGGUGUUAUCAGUAUUAAGUGGCAUGAGAAACACGGCAUGGUCAUGUUUUAUUUGUUUCGGACAUGCUUUAACAAGCUAUAACAUCACAUGAUGUUUGUCAGAUAUAGUAACUGGACGUUUGUCAUUGUCUUGUAAUGACCAGGUUGGUUUUCCCAAGAAGAGAUCAGACGGACACACUUUUAUGUCGUUUAAAUCUUUUAGUGAAGAAAAUGGCCCAAGUAUAGCGCUGGACUCCCGCUCGCAUCAGCAGGCAGUCCUUAAAACUAGGAAGUGGCUAAACUAAUAUCCGUAGUCCUUCCUGAUUGGAUCAGUAUGUAAUUAUAUAUAUUGGUAUUUAACUGACUCCAGUUUGUGUUCGUCAAAUGUGCAUGGGUGUAUGCUAGUGUGCAGCGGGCGUGAUAAGGUUGUCAGGCAACCUGUCUGUGUAAAAGUGAAAGUGGAAACAGUGCAAUCCUAGAAUAAUUCCACAGUACUAUAUUAUCUAAUUCAAAUCGUUCCUAAUUGUGGUUUUAAGUUCCAUAACAUACAUCAGACUGCAUCAUUAGUUAGUCAUUUUCGUUGUUGUCUAGCUGUCAUCUUUAAGUCCAGUUCCUUGUUGGCUGUGACAACUUGUACUUUGGAAUCUCCCUGUUCCCCAUUUAACUUUAUGUAGACUUUUAAAGUUAUCGCUCCAAGAGCCUUGAAUUCCCCCCUUCUAGACCCUGUUUGUUUGUGCAGAAAGGAGAAGCUAUAUUUGUUUCAUCUUGUUAAUCAUAUCUCAUCUCGUCGUUCAUCGUCGUUCAUUUAAUUGUUCUCUUUAAUUGUUCUCCAUCGUGAGUUGCUCGGCGACUGCUUUGAAGUUUGCCCGUUAGCGACGGUGAGCUUGGCUUGUUAGCGGCUGGCGGCGGUCGUAAAUCGUUUGUUUAAAGCCAUACCUCACGCCAGACUGAGUUCAAGCCAACUGUGUAAGCAAGUAAUCCUGUUUCUGUGGUCGAGCUCUGUAGUCAGGAAAACUCCACAGGUGAUCGCAAUGCAGAGCUCGGCCAUCAACAUCAGCUCUCAACAGGAAGUAUAUUAGCUGAGAUUUGUUUGACUUUGGACAAGUUUUGGUUUUCAUCUUGGGACAUUUCUGCAUUUGCAGUCACUCGGCAGAGCUAAAAAAAAUAUAUUGUGAAAUCAUCACAAUAACAGUCAAAAUAAUUUAAUGUUUGUUACUUGUUUAACAUACCAGGAACGUGCCAGGAAAAAUAGCCUUUAUUUCUUUAUGAGCACAUCACCCAACGGACGUGCUUUCGUUUUCCCCUAGAGCGCUAAGUAUUCUGGGUAAUGUAGUACACAUUGACAUUUACUAUCGCAAUCGCAAUCAACAUCUCCGGAAAACCUAGUCGUACUCCGAUUAUGAAUACGUUGAAAUUGUAGGUAAAAUUGACUUAAUAGCAGCGAGUGAAAUUGUGUAAAUCGAAAUCAGUCUGUACAACUCAUUUGUCCUGUAGAUGUGUACGUGUAUUUUUAUGGUAUAUGAAAUAUCCGGUAGAUGUGUAUGUGUAUUUUUAUGGUAUAUGUAUUUCAUAUCACUGAUCUGUAUAAUAUAUCUGGAUAGCUCAUACGUCGCACCCGCCCGUGCAAGCCGCUGAAGCCAAAGAGACGCCAUCUUACCACUCACAUCUCGACUACAUUCGCACAGCGUACGUAGUGUACAAAGCAGAUGAAGAGGCUCGCAGAACAUCUAUAUUUUAAAUUAAAAAGCAGGGAGAUUCUCCCAUUCCUUCAAGUAACGCAACCUUCGUCCCUUAAAAACUAUUUGAUACGUUAUUCUGUAUCUUUUGGCUAUAUUAAAUGUACUUUUUCCCCUUCCAAUUCUCAUUGCCUUUGGGACAAAAUUCUACUCUGCACCCUGGCUCAGCACUCCCCUAUAGCAAUGCAUAGUUUUACUCCUCCAGAAAGAGAUUUUGAUUUUAACUGCAUAUCCCAUCCCUUUUUUCCACUAAAAUCCAUGGCUUUUUUUCUUACUUUGAUACAAUUCACUAUGCUCUUGUCAGUACAAAAUAUGAAUCAUCAAAGAGAUUGACUUUGGACAAGUUUUAAAAUCAUUUAACAUUUUGCUGAUUAUUUUUUCUGAUUUUUUCUUUUGUUUGUGUUAUGAAAUAGAAAUAACCUCUUUUCUGAUAUAGAAAUAUAUUUGAACAAAAACCACAGGAAUAACAUGUGAUAACCAUAAUGUGUAAUAACCAUAAACACAUACACCCACACACACACAGAAAAAAACAAAAACACUGAAACAAAACCAUAUGCUUUGGGUAAGACAAUACGUUGUUUGCAAUCUCAAACAUACCGGGAUGCAUGUUCAGUAAUAUUAUUUUCCAGAACAUAUCAUAUGAAUGAAUCCUUUUACGUCAGUCAUUCAGCAGCAAAAAAAAAAAAAAAAUGUUGUUUAUCCAAAUGAAGGGUCAUGCCGGGUCAAUUGUAUGCAAACUGGCUUGCUAACUGCACUGUAUACAAUGCCUGGUAAGCAUCAUGGAAACACUGAGAUUCCCCCAUUCCUUCAAGUAACGCAACCUUCGUCCCUUAAAAAAAUACAUAUACUGUAUCAUGAUAUAACAAAAAAGUUUGUAAAUUUCCUCUUAGCUAUUAUAGAGCGAUAUAAACGUAUCAAUUAUGGACAUACAUUUAAUCAGAGGAAUUUUACACGAUCAAAAAUAUCUGAGAGAUCAACAGUGCAAAACCCUUAAAUUAUCAAUCAUAAACCUACAUUUCAAUCAUACUUACACGUGAAAUGUUCGUCCACAGCCUUUGAACUGGCGAUAGCUGCACAUGCAGGCAUCUUAAGUCAAAAUUUGUGUCCAAUCCGAAUUAAUAAAAUAAGUUCACCACGAAUGCAAAAGCUUGCCCGAGAAGUGUUUCUUGCGAGUAGCAAUAUGGCGGCCGUGUGGCUUCACAAGUCAUCGCCAAUGAGCUAUCCAGAUAUAUAAUAGAGAUCAGUGCCGUCAACUAACGACGUGACUAACCAUGUUUUGAAGAACGCAUAUUUAACCGGUGGUUAGGGGUUAACCAGUGGUUAAAAUAACCGAGUUUUGAACAACCGGGCCCAGGUGGUUAUCUGCCCAUCAUUUUCCACGUGCAUUUUUUUCUACUAACAAAAAAGAUUUAAACUGUAUUUAAAAUGCAAUGCUAUGAUCGUAAAAAAAAGUGCAAAUACACCAUAAAACUACUCAAUCACAGUAACAUGAGUUAUAUAUGUUAUUCGUUACUUUACACCUCUGGGGAUUUUCCAGUCAAGCAAAACUGAAAAGAACUGCUUCAUUCCAAGAGUACAUCAUCAUGCAGUGUUCAGUGUUUGCAUACAUCAUGACGUUGCUUUGUAGCUUUUAUUGGCUGCAACUAUUUGUUGAACGUUAAAAAUGUAACCAAAGAUUUGAAUGAUGUGAUUACUUUGAAUCCUCAAAAGACUUAAAAGAGCUUCUGCCAUUCAAGUUUUGCUUUAUUACAGCGUUUUGGCGGCGUGGAAUGAAUAUAUGUGCCAUUUUGUGGAGAUGUUCAUGAUGAAAACAUUUUACAAUGAAAUACACCACAUUAUUUAUGUGGAUUAAUGCACCGUGUUCUCGUGGUUUGGAUUACCGUAAAUGUUUCUCAAAUGUUGCCUUUCUCCCAACAGACAAACUGUCAACAGGCGAUCCUGCAUGUUUUAAAUGGAAGUACAGCCCAGGAUUUCUGCAUUGCUUACAACCACUCGUGGACCCCCCUGCCGCAAACUCUGGAUGCUGCUGAGGAGUAUUCGCUCGUGAAUAUGACGUCCACCACUCUCUGCAACCAAUCAGGGGUCAGGCCGGAGGUGGUCAAAGACAAAGCGAUGGUGGUGAUGAGGGGAGACUGUCCUUUCAGUCAAAAGGCUCAGGUUGCUCAGUCCCUCGGUGCGAGCGUGUUGCUCAUUGCCAGCCUCGAAACACUGGUCACUCCGUCAGCCGAUAACUAUUCAGGGGUUCAAAUUCCUCUCGCGCUCAUGAGGUACGGGGACUUCGUGGAAGCACAGCAGGUUUUCGGCGAGGAGAUGCAGGUGAGGCUUUACGCUCCACGCGUCGGCAGGAUUGACCCAAGCCUGGUCAUCCUGCUGCUGAUUUCGAUCAUCACUGUAGCCUUGGGCGGCUACUGGAGCAGAGCGUGUGAGAGAGAUGGUCUAAGUUCAAGUGGGGGGUGUGGAAGUGCCGGAUACAAAGCAGACAGUGGAGACCUUUUUCUCGCCUCUCCUCUCAAAGUUGUGAUCUUCGUAGCCUUGAUGUGUGGAAUGAUCAUCCUCAUGUAUUACUUCUACAAUUAUUUAGUUUACAUCAUCAUUGCCAUGUUCUGCUUUGCAUCUGCUACCGCGCUCUUUCAGUGUUUGAACGCGGUGCUGGAAAAACUGAGAUGCCCGUCUGGAAGCUUCACUAUACGAAAUACAGACUUGUCAGCGAGGUGUCUCAUUUUGGCCGCUGUGUGCAUAAGUGUCUCGGUGGUCUGGGCCGUCUACCGGAAUGAAGACAGGUGGAUCUGGAUCUUGCAGGAUAUCCUGGGCUUUUUUUUCUGCCUCAACUUCAUUAAGACCGUCUCACUGUCCAACUUCAAGAUUUGUGUGAUUCUCCUGAGCCUCCUGCUCCUAUACGACGUCUUCUUUGUUUUCAUCACUCCAUUCUUUACCAAGAGUGGUGUUAGCGUUAUGGUGCAGGUGGCUUUGGGUCCGAAUGCGUCAAACGAGAAGACACAAGGUAACAUGGUGGCGAUUCCAGCUGAGCCCCAGGCUCCCACUGAGAAAAUUCCUAUCGUGAUGCGUGUCCCAAGGUUCUCUGCGUGGGCUCUGAACCUGUGUCAGGUGCAGUUCUCCAUUCUGGGUUACGGAGAUAUAAUUGUGCCAGGUCUCCUGGUGGCUUAUUGCAGCAAAUUUGAUGUGUGGAUGAACAGCAAGAAGAUCUACUUCUUCAGCUCCUGCCUCGCUUAUCUGCUGGGAAUGAUAGCAACGUUCGUUGCGAUGGUGCUGUCGGACACAGGCCAGCCUGCUCUGCUCUACCUGGUGCCUUUCACCGUCAUAACGUCAGCAGCGGUGGCUGGCUGCAGGGGCGAAAUGAGGCAGUUCUGGACUGGAACUUUCUAUGAGGUUUUGGACUCCUCAAGGGAACCUUUGUUGUCAGAUGCAAGAACUGCAAGAACUGACUGAAGCAGAACAAUGGUGACUGACAGCAAUGCUUUUUUUUUUUUUUUUUUUUACAUUUUACAAUAAAACUUUACAACCAAGGGAUGAUUAUCGAUCAAUAUAUAUGUGGUGAUUUUUGACAGUUAUGCAGAGCAGAGUGUAGGUGGAAAAUGUUUUUUUUUUUUUGUAGCGCUGGAAAGGCUUUUAAGUGCCUGGCUUUAGUUCAGAAAACAGACAUGUCACUCCCUGCCGUGGCGGUGACUGAAUACUUCAGAGAAAGCACUUUACUACAUUUAGAUUGACACCUGUUCAUGUCAUGGGCUGAGGGCGUUUUGAUGAAAAUACUUACAGCUAUAUAAUGAUACCAUUUUGAUAACUUUGGAAACCUGUUUGCUGUUUUUACAAUGCUUUGUUUGUUGCCUUAUUAAAGUAAUGUUGAUAUAA